CAGAAAGAGAGAGGAAAAAAGCCCCCAAUUAUCAGCAGGGAAACAGCAGGAUGUAGGGGGGGAGGGCAGAUAACAGGGGAAGUGUGCGACUUGCUACAAAGUAGCGCCGUCCGAGCGAUCCGACUCCGAGCAAAAAGCCAAAAGUUUUGGAAAUUGAACAAAAGAGACGAGGAAGAGGAGGAGGAGGAGGAGGAGGAGGAGGAGGAGGAGGGGGGGGGGGGUAUGGAUCCAGAUGCUGCGGAGCCCUCAGCCUUUCCCCGGUUACACAAGAUGAGGGAGGCAGGGAGUGCGGACGCGCCCGGGGAUUUAAAAGAGGGGUGCCACAGCGAUGCCCAAUGCUGACACCAUGACUGUGAGACGGGCGGCAGUGGUGACCAGGUAUAAAGAUCACUCAGCAGCCCAGUUCAGCUCUAGGGUUAAGCUCGUGGGGAAAGAAAACUCUAGAAGAAAAUCUACGGCUCAAGUUGAUUGUUCCGAGGAGAACCAAGGCGGAAAUAUUUCUAGGCAAGAAGUGUUUCUGCAAAAAAGUCCACUCCAGAGCCUUGAUAACCUACCAGGAGAAGCAGGCAUAGACGUUCUAGAGUGGAACAUGCUCAGCCACAGGAUGAUCAUCAAUGAACCAGUCAUGGACCUCAGCGUCAAGGAACAAGGCCACGUCCUGAAGAAACAGUUGGGAAGCGCACAACUUGCCUCACCUCCCCAGAAGAUCCCACUGAAGAAGACUUCCAGCAUCAAGGAUAAGAUUUCCGAGUGGGAAGGAAAGAAGGAGUCGCAGUCCCCGGUUCUGAGCCGGAAGGAGUCCUUGCACUUGAAGAGACAGGAAUCCACCGGCACGGUUACUGGAGAAGCAGUUGGCAAUGGAAAGAUCCGACCAUCUCCUCUUCUCAGCAGGAAGGAGAUGUCUCCCAUUAAGAGACAGGAUUCUACUGGGCUGAGUUCUGUAGACACGGUGGUUGCAGAAGGUAAGAUGAGGCCCAAAGGGAGUAUUAAGAGGAUGUUCAGUUGGGAGACGGACAAUAAAGAGACUGAGAAACCAACUGACAAAGAGAGUGACCAGAAUGCUGAAAGAGAGAGCCCAUCAGGGAACAAGAAGGACCAGACCACAGUCUUAAGCCAAGUGAAAAGGUUUGAGCGCUCCUUGAAGGACAGUCCAUCUGAUCUGCAGCCACAGUUGCCCGGAACCUAUUAUUCCCCCCAGUGCCUGCUAGAGACAGAGGGCCAGGUUGGGUCCAAGAAAACUCAUGAAACAUCUGAGCCCAUUUUUGGGACGGUGGGAGAGGGUAGAGCCUCCCGAAGGACUAGCAACGCCGAGAACGUAUAUACGGAACCGGGAGCACUGGAGAAAAGGCUUCCCAUAAACCCACUGCCAAAGCCCAGAAGGACUUUCCGUCACGAAGGGGAAGGGGAGAUCUUUCCACACAGGACGACUGGGCUCCGUAAAAUGAACAGGAGAGACUUGCCUCCUCUUCCAGUUAUACCUCCCCCUCCUCUCCCUACAUCUCCACCUCCAUCGGCCGUAAGCAGAAGGCUUUGGAACGCCAAGCACAAGCAUAAUGGGGACCACAGGAAGUCGUACGAGUUUGAAGACUUGUUGCAGUCGUCGGAGACCGGCCGGGUGGAUUGGUACGCACAGACCAAGCUCGCCCUCACUCGCACUUUAUCGGAAGAGAACGUCUACGAGGAUAUUCUAGACCCCCCAUCCAAGGAGAAUCCCUACGAAGACAUUGAGACAGACAAUCAGUGCCUGGCGAAGAAGCGUCCCCCCGCCUUCCCUAGCCCAACCCCCUCCGUCCCGGGGACCCCCACCAAGGUACCCCUGAAAAGCCCUUUCUUCAGGCAAAACUCCGAGCGCCGUAGCUUUAAACUCUUGGACAUAAGAAAACUGGGCAGGGACGGCGUCUCCUCACCAAGCAGGCUGAGCCCCCCGUCUUCUCCGAGCAGCCCCGACGACUCCUUCUUUAAUAUGGGGGACCCCCCAAAUGGGCGCAAGAGGAGGAAAAUCCCCAGGCUGGUGGUGAAGAUCAACGCUGUCUUCGAGGCUCGGAGAGGUAAAAAGAGAGUGAAGAGACUGUCACAGUCAGCAGAGAACAACUCUGGGAGAGUUACAGAUGAUAACAGUGAGUCUGACAGUGACACAGAAGAGAAGCUGAUAGCCCACAGCCAACGGUUGGUUCACGUCAAGUCCCGUAUGAGCCUGACGCCGAGGUACCACACGUUGGAAAGGGACCUGAUUGAAUACCAGGAGCGGCAGCUGUUCGAGUACUUUGUGGUGGUCUCGCUGCACAAGAAGCCCUCCAGUAGCGUUUAUGUUCCUGAGGUCACCCAGCAGUUCCCUCUGAAGCUGGAACGUUCCUUCAAGUUCAUGCGAGAAGCCGAGGACCAGCUCAAAGCCAUUCCGCAGUUCUGCUUCCCCGAUGCAAAGGAUUGGUCUCCGGUCAACCAGUUUGUCAGUGAAACAUUCUCGUUCGUCCUGACUGGGGAAGAUGGCAGUCGGCGUUUCGGUUACUGCCGGAGACUCCUGCCCAGUGGGAAAGGGAAGCGGCUGCCAGAAGUCUAUUGUAUCGUCAGCCGCCUCGGCUGCUUCAACCUCUUCUCCAAGAUCCUGGAUGAAGUUGAGAAGAGACGGGGCAUCUCGCCAGCUCUGGUGCAGCCCUUCAUGAGGAGCAUUAUGGAGGCGCCAUUCCCAGCCCUCGGAAGAAAGAUUACUGUGAAGAACUUCCUACCGGGAUCGGGAACUGAGGUGAUCGAGCUCUGUCGGCCCUCGGAUUCCCGGCUGGAACAUGUUGAUUUUGAAACCUUGUUCUCCACCCUCAGUAUCCGGCACGUCAUACAAAUCUUCGCCUCCCUCCUGUUGGAAAGACGAGUGAUAUUAAUGGCCGACACCCUCAGUACCUUGUCCAAGUGCUGCCACGCCAUGGUGGCCCUCAUCUACCCAUUCGCCUGGCAGCAUACCUACAUCCCUGUGCUGCCUCCCUCCAUGAUUGACAUUGUGUGCUCCCCCACCCCAUUUCUGAUUGGUCUCCUGUCCAGUUCCCUGAGUCGCUUGAAGGAGUUGCCGGUGGAAGAGGUUUUGCUGGUUGACCUGGGAAAUAACCGGUUCCUGAGACAGAUGGAGGAUGAAGAUUCAAUCCUACCACGAAAGUUGCAAGCCGCUCUAGAGCAGGUUCUGGAGCAGCGAAACGAGCUGGCAAGUGACAAGGAGUUGGGCUCGGCCAAUGGUCAGCAAGACUCCAGCUCCUUGAACGACGUUGUGUCGGAAGCCUUCGUCCGCUUCUUCGUGGAGAUCGUGGGCCACUACUCCCUGUUUCUGGUGCCAGGGGAUCAGGAUGAGAAGGCCCUGCUCCGAGAUGCCUUCCGCAAGUCGGUCUCGUCCAAGAGCCUACGCCGCUUCCUGGAGGUCUUCAUGGAGACCCAGAUGUUCGGGGGCUUUAUCCAGGAGAGGGAAAUGAGAAAACAAAGCAGCAAAGGUCUGUUUGAGGUCCGGGCACAGGAAUACCUGGAGACGCUCCCGUGUGGCGAGCAAAGUGGGGUCAACAAGUUCCUCAAUAGAAUAGGAAGCAAAUUCUUUCGGAAUAAGAAAUAGGACGGAGCAGAAUUAACAGCCCUGGAUUUCCCAGAAUCCUCUGGAUUUCCCAGAAUCCUCUGGAUUUCCCAGAAUCCUCUGGCUCUGGCAGUGCCUAUUUGCCCCACUAACAAGGGGACGGAUGUUGGCCGGCCAGGCUACGCGUUGUAUUGUGCACUGGAUAGGGAUCUGAUAAGCUCAGCAUGGUGGGGGGGUGGGGGGGGGGGGCUGAUUUGGAAAUAUUUAUAUUAAGGACAAAUGAAAUCCAUCUCGGAAUCAAGGGGAAGUAAAGUGAUAUUUACGAAGCAGUAACGCGUCGCUGAGGGAUCAUGGGAAGAGACUUAUUUCCCCUUUAAAUCCCGCCCCUGCUUGUACUGACCACUAGCCACGCCCCUUUCUCCGGCGGGUUCUGCCCGGCCCCGGCGCUGGUAUUGAUUCCUGGCAAAAUUGUGACCUAUUUAUGCUGAGAUUGUGUUUGUACAGGUGAACUUGUUAUUAUAUGAAUGAAAUACUUGAUUAUACGGGGACUGUAGGGAUCCUACCGGGGGGUGAACUACAAAUCCCAGCAUCCCUAUUCAGCCUCAUUGCUUAGAAUGGCAGGAACCCCCCCUGGGUAAGUGAAUCCAAUCUCCCCCCAGUACUUACCCAGGUACAGAGCUCUGAUUCUCUGUACUUCCUGCUCCUGGGCUGCUCUCUUUCCCAUGGUCAGGCAGGAAC